AUGUGGAGACAAUGGGCAUUAUACUCUCUUUCCCAGCUUCCUGCUCCUGAACACCCAAAGAUUCACCUAUACAAUGCCGAGCAGGUUCUGAGUUGGGAGCCGGUGUCCCUGCGCAAUGACACGAGGCCGGUGGUCUACCGGGUGCAGUAUAAAUACCCUGAGAGUCAGUGGUGCGACACCAAGUUUUUAGAGGUGAACUGUAUGCAGAUCACAGCAACCAAGUGUGACUUCACUGCAGCCGGCCUCACAAAGGGCUUCCCUAUGCAUUUCAAUGUCUCCUUACGUGUUCGGGCUGAGCUGGGAGAACUCGUUUCUGCCUGGGUGACACUGCCUUGGUUUCAACACUAUCGGAAUGUCACCGUCGGGCCUCCAGAAAACAUUUGGGUGACCCGCGGAGAAGGCUCCCUUAUCGUCAGAUUCUCCCCUCCCUUUGACGUCGAUUCCUCCUUGGCCACUUUUGAGUACUAUGUUCAUUACUGGGAAAAAGCAGGAAGCCAACAGUUUAAAGACCAUUCCAGGAGGAACACCAUUUUAUUGGAUGAUUUAAAACCCUUCAGAGUAUACUGUUUACAAGUCGAGGCACAACUGGUUUGGAUAAUGAAAAAUAUCCUUACACCUGGGCUUUUAAGCAACACAUCUUGCUAUGAAACAACAGCAGACGCCUCCACCAAGCUUCAACAAGUCAUUCUGAUCUCCGUGGGGAUCUUUUCAGGGCUGUUGGUACUGUCAGGGGCCUGUUUCUCCCUGGUCCUGAAACGUAGAGGCCUGGUUAAAUACUGGUUUCUUUCUCCACCAAGCAUCCCAUCACAAAUAGAAGAGUAUUUAAGGGACCCAGCUCAGCCCGUCUUAGAGGCCUUGGACAAGGACAGCUCACAAAAUGAUGAUGCCUGGGACUCUGUGUCCAUCAUUUCCUUUCCAGAAAAGGAGCCAGAAGAUGUUCUCCAAACACUGAGCCAAAGCGCUGGUCCAGUCUGCCAAGCCCCAGGAACAGGCCAUUGAGUCAGUGAAGCUGCUGAUGUUCCUGUCUGGACUUUCGAGACCAGCACUCUGUACUCCCACUUCCAAAAGGGUUGUCAGUGCCUAGUGAGAGACAGUGGGUCUCAUGAAGGAGACAAGCUUUUCUAUUUCUUUAAACUAAGAAUUUUCUAAAUCAUACAAGUUUCUAGAAUAAUUUCUACAGAGGUAGCCCAGAAAAAUUAAGGUUUCUCUAAACACUAAAAAGGCAUAUAAUUAUUUGUUAGCAAAAUGGCUAUGGCACAUCUCUGAUAGUCUCUCAUUGUUGGUUGGGCCAGGCCAUCAGGUGACUGGUUCUCUCCUUGACUGUGGCAAAUGACCUGGGGCCUCUCAGGAAGGUCAUGUGACCUGUCCCAUCCUGUCCCAACAAGGGGCACCAAACACCCUUCACAUCCAGUCUGCUGACUUAAAAUGUCAUUAAUCCUGUAAAUAUUUCCCUAAUAAUUUAAAUAUUUGUUUUAAGCUAGAAAUAAAAGACUGUGUAGUGAACUUUUUAAAAA